AUGUCCAUGCUAGGAAAUAUAUUACUAAGAAAGGGUCUUACCUAUUCUAGUCCGCAAAACUCAGCUACUUCGAAUGAAGUAUUGAAAAAAAUGGUUCACAAUAAAGUGACUAUCAUCGGUUCUGGUCCAGCUGCACAUACUGCUGCUAUCUACUUGGCUAGAGCUGAGUACCCACCAACGUUAUACGAAGGUAUGUUUGCCAACGGUAUUGCUGCUGGUGGCCAAUUGACUACAACUACUGAAAUUGAAAAUUUCCCAGGUUUUCCAGAUGGUUUAGAUGGUAGUGAGUUAGUUGAAAGAAUGAAACAACAGUCCAUAAAGUUUGGUACAACUGUUAUUACGGAGACUAUUUCGAAGGUUGACUUAUCAUCCAGGCCAUUCAAAUUAUGGACAGAAUUUAACGAAGAUGCCGACCCAAUUACCACAGAUGCAUUGAUUAUUGCUACUGGAGCUUCUGCUAAAAGAAUGCAUGUUCCAGGUGAAGACACUUACUGGCAAAAGGGAAUCUCAGCCUGUGCCGUCUGUGACGGUGCUGUUCCAAUCUUUAGAAAUAAACCAUUAGCUGUUGUUGGUGGCGGUGAUUCUGCUUGUGAAGAAGCUGAAUUUUUAACCAAAUAUGGUUCAAAAAUUUUCUUAUUAGUAAGAAAAGAUCAUUUAAGAGCUUCUACUAUCAUGCAAAGAAGAGUUGAAAAGAACCCAAAGAUAGAUAUCUUAUAUAACACUGAAUUGAAGGAAGCUAAAGGUGACGGUAAAUUACUGCAAUCAUUAGCUAUUUUCAAUAACAAGGAAAAUACUAAUUCCGAUUUACCUGUCAAUGGUUUAUUCUACGCCAUUGGUCACACCCCAGCCACAGCUAUCGUCAAGGGCCAAGUCGACCAAGACGAAGUUGGUUACAUCAAGACUGUCCCAGGAACUUCUUUAACAUCUGUUAAAGGUGUCUUUGCUGCCGGUGAUGUUCAAGAUUCAAGAUAUAGACAAGCUAUUACAUCCGCAGGUUCAGGUUGUAUGGCUGGUCUAGAUGCUGAGAAGUAUUUACAAGAACUAUAUGACUAA